CAAGGUCAAAUUUACUAAGUAAAAAAUCGAGGGAAACCAAGGAAUACAUGAACACCAUGGAAAAAGCACCGUGUGGCAGGUAAUUAGAUUUGGGAUUUAAUGGAUUUAAUUCUAGAUGUGAUUUAAUUCCAAAUUUGGGUCAAAUUUACCAAGCAAAAAAUCUAUUUUGACUUUAAUUUAAAACCUGUGAGAUUGCACAUUUGUUCAAGUAGCAUAACCACCUCUUUUCAUAACCUUGGCAGCAAAUCUAAGAUGAGUUAAAUGUUGCUACUAAUUAAAGUGUUGAAAAUUUGGAUUAUUAAAUUCUGAAGAGAAUAGAUGAUUAUAAAGCAAUUUUACCAAUCAUCCCUAUUGUCUCAGGUCAAGUUUUUAAUUAUAAAUUUGUAACCAUUUGAUAACCUUAGUCACAUUUAUAAUAUUUCAUAGUUUUUAACUUUUAUGUCUUAUAUGCAUGGAACUAAUAGGUGGAUGUUAGGAAUUAGAAAGGUGCUGCUAAGGAGGUUAAAAGUAUACAUGGUUAUAUAAGUCAUAUAAAUAAGAGGUUUAUGAUGAGAAAGGUUUUGGAUGCUGGCAAUUCAAAACUGGUAUGAAAUUGAUUUCCUUUUGAUUCAUCUAAUGUGGUCUUUUCAAUUUUUGGAGCCACAAUUACUUAAUUUGAACCUCAGCUAGCUACAAGAGGAAAUUGAAAUAAGUAGAAACAUAAAUACUGCUUCUGUGUUUGGCACUUCUUAGCAUGACUUCCCAUUGUUGUUCAUGAAAUGUUAAUAAAUAAUUUUUUAUCAUUGUAUUCAAAUUUUACAGCAAGUUGGCUUUUGGGAUUUUUUUUUUCUUUCAAUUUUAGUAGGCUCCCUAUACAUGUUUAAAGUUUUGAUAGAAUUUCUGCAAAUGUUGUUUAGCCAAAUGAUAUGUUGGCAUAGGGCGAGACCAAGGCUUCACAUUGUGAAGAUUGACAGAACUACCAAUCAAAAGGUUCUUUUUUAAAUGCUUCAUAUUUCUCUGAAGAAAUAGCUUGGGGAAUUUUUUGGGAGAAAGAAGAUCACAUAAAUUCACUUUCUGAGCUUAUCAUGUUGGCAUUUCUUCUCAAAUUUGAUGAAGAAACUGUUGGGUUUUGAAGUUAAAUAAUUUGCAAGUUUUUGUGGAAGACAAGUUUCUGUCAGCAGCCUAAGCAUGGUGAGCACAGUUGAUAUUCCUUGUGAGUGAGUAGGCAUGGUGAGCACAGCUAAUAUUUACUAUGAGUGAGUAGGUAUAUUGAGCACAGCUAAUAUUUCAACUUCUUCGCAUUUGGCCAUUUUAAUCUUCCUGCACCCUUUUUUGAAUAUUUAUAAUUAAAAUUUUCCUUCAGGCAUAUCAAGUAUGGCUGGGUAAAGGAUAUGGUAGUUUGUAAUAUCAAGCUUAUUUGGAAAAAUUAGAUUGUUACAAAGGAGAUUUCAUCUUCACAAGGAUGAUUACUAUAGGAAACAUUCCGGUUGCUCAGAGCAGUAGGGCACAAUUGCUUCCACUGCUGCCUGCUAGGGUGGUAUAUUACCAUGACUAUGUUUUAUGGUCAAAUUUGCUAGAUUUUAAUUCAUACAUGAAGAGGAAUUGUCCUUGUCUCUGAUACCGUAACACUACUCAUGUUAAUUUUCUUUAUUUGCAGCCUAUUUAAGGAUCAUUCAGGUACAAUUCCUAUGCUUUGCUAAAGUUUGCUCUGAUUUUUCCUUAUAAGAAAACAGCUUUAAUUCAACUUAAUACAGUCUGGUAGUAUAGCUCUAUUUGUCAAUAUCUACUUUUGAAAAGAAGAUCUACUUUGACAAGUGAGCUUUAUAAAUGUAUAGACACAAUUUUGUACAACUUGGAACUCAACUUUUUCUUGUUUCACAAUGCCCCAUGUCCAGAAAUUUUGAUUUACUAUAAUGGAGACAUCUGUUUUAA